AUGCCUACCGAAGCUGGUCACAGACUCUACGUAAAGACUAUCGCGAGCAGGGCCCGGCACCUGGGCUACCAGCGGAGUCGGCACGCGACUAACCCGAAGACGAGCCUGGUCAAGAUCGAGGGCGUCGACGACGUCGAGGCUGCCAACUUCUACUUGGGCAAGAAGGUCGCAUUUGUCUACAAGGCACAGAAGGAGAUUCGAGGAUCUAAGAUACGCGUUAUUUGGGGCAAGGUCGCUCGAGUUCACGGCAACUCAGGCGCCGUCCGGGCUCGUUUCACUCACCCUCUCCCAUCCAAGUCCUUCGGGGCUUCCCUCCGGGUCAUGCUCUUCCCCUCAUCGAUAUAG